AUGGGUCUCGGCAAGUUGUAUGUCAACCCCCAGGACAAGUUUGGAGCCAAGCAUUAUGAGGUGCUCGAAAACAAGCCGAGAAUUUUCUUCGAAAAGUGCCGAAUCGCCGGGGUUGGCGAAAAUCAGUUUAAGAAUGUGUUCUCGACGAUGCUGCGAGACGCCGCCCACGACUACUACUUCAGGCACCUUGCUGAGCACCUUAACGACCUGAGUUUCGAUGAGAUGGUCCACAAAACGAAGGAAAGGUUUCACACGAAGACAGAAGAGCAGAAUUACCUGACAGAAUGGCGAGCUCUCACCCUUCUCAAGGUUAUUAGGGACAAUCCCGAAAAGAACACCCUCCAAUGUCUUGACCUGGUUAUCGAAAAACUCCAAAAGAUCUACGAAGCUCUCAGAUGUAACUAUAGUCACAAAAGCCACAGCCUCGCCGGACAGCUGUACGCUGCAUGUCAAGGCGUAUCAGCCUGCGCACAAGCACUCAUCCGCCCCCACGACGGAUUCGAGAAUGCCUGCGCUGAGCUACAGUCUACUGUCAAGAUCCAUAUGGACUGUGCACCACGGAAUACAGAGCAAUUUCAUCAGGAAGCAGAAUACGACAAUGACAAAGAAGAUAACAAUGGACAGUUAUUUGUCGACCGCAGGUACAGAGAAAGAGGAGGCCACAAUAGAGGGAGAUUACAAGGAAGAGGUGGAUUCAUGGUGGAUUCAGCAGCAAUAACGACCGCCAAAAGAUCUGCUUCGUGUGUAAAAAGGCUGGAUGCUGGUCCACUCGGCACACACCAAGCGAACGUCAGGGACGGAUCAAGAGCUGGCGGACGUACAUGGCGGAGAACGAACUCCCGAACAACAACAAUACCCUGGGUAUGUUUAUCAUCGACUAUGAAGGUUACGAGGCGAACCAAAAUGACGGUGAAAGUAACCUUAUUGACAUGUUCAACACGUGGUCAGAAGACAAGAUUGAACAGUUCAACACCAGCUACGGGACCAUUGAUGGACAGAAUACGGCUAUCCUGCUCAACAAUCAAGCGUCCAUACAUGCCCUAA